AUGUCUUUCACGUACCAGCGCCUGAAGAUGCGGACGACGACGGUCGCGGUGGAUCACAUGCGCAGCUUUUGCGACGGCUGCCACCUCGUCCUCAGCGCCGUCACGCACCCAUUCAAGCGGGUUGUCGGACGCGUGAAGGCUGAGGCGCCGUGGGUGACCACUCUCGUGGCCUGCACAUUAGUGACGGCUCUCCCUCUCAUUUUUUAUCCAUACGUGAAGAAGUACGUGCUGAAUGACGAGCGCGCGGCUGCCGAGGCGGAGCGCGUGCGGCUGUGCUUGCAGAAGGGCAUUGACCCGUACCCGUACAUGCACCACAAGGAGUUUGUGUACGGCAACUCAGCCCCGGUUCUGGCCAACGAGACGCAAAUUCCUCCCCGGAUCGGGUGGGAGUUCAAGGCCCUUGAGAAUUACUACAGAAGAAAAGAAGAGCUUCGGCACGAGGUGGGCGGCAACAUUGACGAUACGGUGCAGAAACUGAUGGCGCUCAAGGGGGAGCAGCGAAGCGCGUACGACCGCAUGCGCGGCAAGCCUGGCACAGAGCCGCGCGAUCUCAUUUUCCGCGACCGCCACGAUGUGGACAGACUCACGUCCUAG